AUGGAUGUGACACCUAAGAAAUGUACAAAGAUCGUAACUCUGCAAGAACACACAGCUAAGACAUAUCAAGAGAUUGCUUCAGUGGUUGGUGUGAGUUUAGCAACUGCCAGCCGUGUUAUCAAGUUGAAGCAGGAAACUGGAUCGGUUUCUCCUAAACGUAAAGGAAAGUGUGGUCAUAAGAAGAAAACAACUCCUACAGAUGAUGCUUCCUUGCUUCGACAAAGCAAAAAGGAUCCGCAUUGA